AUGGGGACCAUGUCCACAGCAGCCUUCAUCUUGGCCUGCUUGGCUCUUGCUUCUGUUACCUCUGAGGGAGCCUUCAAGGCUUCGGGGCAGAGAGAGGUGAAGCCAGAGCGCCUCUUCCUGCACCUUCAUGAAGUAGGCUACGCAGCACCCCCUGCCCCUCCGCCUCAAACCCAGAGACUCCGCAUGGGCCACUCUGAAAUGUCUCUGCAUGACCCUCCUCUUUUUGAGGAACAGAGAGAAGUGCAGCCCCCUCUGUCUCCAGAAGACAUCCCAGUCUACGAGGAAGAGUGGCUCACUUUGCAACACCCUGGCGACAAAGCCUCACCUCUACUCCCUCUUACAGCGGACUUUCCUCUUCAAGAAGCCAAGCCCCUGCAGGAAGAGCAGCCUGACCCCCAAGUCCCUAUUGAGCAGAAGGAAAUAGACCCACCUACCCAGGAUCCAGAAGAGAUCAUCCAGUCCAGAGAGAAACAGGAGAAGCCAGCCACCUUUGGGGCCCAGCACUGCCAGCAGAGCCGGAGAGGUGUCUGGGGCCACCGGCUGGAUGGCUUCCCGCCUGGACGGCCCUCUCCAGAUAAUCUGGGUCAGAUCUGCCUUCCGGAGCGUCAGCACGUGGUAUAUGGCCCCUGGAACCUGCCACAGACUGGUUACUCCCACCUCAGUCGCCAGGGAGAGACCCUCAACUUGCUGGAGACUGGGUAUUCCCGCUGCUGCCGCUGCCGCACCCCCACAACCAGCCUAGACUGUGCAAAGCUAGUGUGGGAGAACGCAAUGACCCAGUUCUGUGAGUCCGAGUUCUCUGUCAAGACCCGACCCCACGUGUGCUGCAAACAGCGUGGGGAGGAGCGGUUCUCUUGCUUCCAGAAGGGUGCUCCUCGGCCACACUACCGGCUCCAGCCCUGCCCCAUCCACCAGACUGCCAUGUCCUCGGGGCCCCAGCUGCCUUUUCCCCCGGGCUUGCCCACACCGGACAAUGUCAAAAACAUCUGUCUCCUGAGACGCUUCCGCUCCGUGCCACGCAACCUUCCAGCUACUGACGCCAUCCAGAGGCAGCUGCAGGCUCUGACCCGGCUGGAGACAGAGUUCCAGCGCUGUUGCCGCCAGGGCCACAACCACACCUGCGCGUGGAAGGCUUGGGAGGACACCCUGGAUGGAUACUGUGACCGGGAGCUGGCCAUAAAGACCCAUCCCCACUCAUGCUGCCACUACCCUCCUAGCCCUGCCCGUGAUGAGUGCUUUGCCCGCCAAGCUCCCUAUCCCAACUAUGACCGGGAUAUCUUGACCCUUGACCUCAGCCGAGUCACCCCCAACCUCAUGGGCCAUCUCUGUGGAAAUGGAAGAGCCCUCACCAAGCAUAAACAGAUUCCUGGACUGAUCCACAAUAUGACUGUCCGCUGCUGCGAGCUGCCAUUUCCGGAGCAAGCCUGCUGUGGCGAAGAGGAGAAACAAGCCUUCAUUGAAGACCUCUGCGGUCCCAGGAGGAACUCCUGGAAAGAUCCUGCUUUGUGCUGCAGCCUGUCUCCUGGGGAUGAACAAACCAACUGUUUCAAUACUAACUACCUAAGGACCGUGGCUUUGGUGCCUGGAGACACUGGGGAUGCCGCUGUCCAGAAGGAGCAGGGCCCAACUGGGGAAACAAAUGUCAGCUCCACCCACAGGCCCAAGGAAGAGUGAGUCAGCGUGAGCCUGGAGGAUUAGAUGGGGGACUCCACCCUGCUCCACCCUCCUUGAGCGCUCAUUCCAAUAAAUGCCUCUUGGAUGUGGCA